CACCUUUUGGUCCGCAAGUUCAGCAGCUCAGCGCUUUAACGCACUGUGCCACCAGGGGCCCCUAGUCAUGAUAACCAUGCUUAAAGAUGUCACCUUGAGGAGGCAAGCUUGUGUGCUGCUUCUCUGCUGGAGAUGAAGGGCGCACUUACACGGGAAAACGAUUGCAAUGUGUUGUCGAAGGCUUUCAUGACCGGAAUCACUGGGCUUCUGUGAGUUUUCCGGGCUGUAUGGCCAUGUACCAGAAGCAUUCGCUCCUGACGUUUCGCCUACAUCUAUGGCAGACAUCCUCAGAGGUUGUGAAGUAUAUUGGAAACUAGGCAAGUGGGGUUUACUUAUCUUUGGAAAGUCCAGGGUGAGAAAAAGAACUCUUUGUCUAUUGUAGGCAAGUGUGAAUGUUGCAAUCACCAUGAUUAGCAUUGAGAAGUUUUGCAGCUUCAAGACCUGGUUGAUUCCUGCUUAGUCUUGAAGCUGCAAUCAAGGAACACGAAUCAAGGAACAUGAAAGGCACUGCAGACGAACUCAGCCAGAGAAGUCAGCCAUAGCAGAGCACUUGAUGAACCAACCUGGACACAGCAUAUUAUCUGAGAACACAGAAAUGCUGGACCACUCCAACAGCCACCAUGUCAGACCACACAGAGAUGCCAUGGAAAUCCGCAAGCAUGUGGACAAUUUCAACAGAAGGGGAGAGGCUAUGAAAAUGAACAAAAUCUGGCCACCAGUAUUUUAAAAAUUCUAAAAUCAGGACAGUAAAUAACAGAAAACAGAGUAAUUCCAGGCAUAAAUCAAUCAGGGCCAGUUAACACCUCCCAACAAAGGAUUCCCCCAGGCAGGAAGCAGCCAGGCUUUGAAACUGCAACCCAGAAUUAUUUCAGUUUGACACCACUUUAAUUUAACUGCUUUGCCUCAAUGCUAUGAAAUCGCUUAAUCCGAGAGCUGUGAUUUAAUUAACUGUUUCUCCAUUUAAGAAUGGAGGACGCGCCCAGGGCUCUAUUAACCACGUGGAAAAGCUUCACCAUGAGAAGCGCUUUCUUCCGGGGGGUGGGCCUUUCAGCCUUAGCCCCGCCCACAUUCCCCGCGCUUAGUUAGCCUCUCACCAAUCCCGGAAGCCUGUUGCUAGAGCCCGCCUUUUCCGGUGUUUUGCCAUGGUACUUCCGCUUCUAGGGCCCGCGCGGCCCAGGCUAGGUCGUGUAGUUACCGCUGCUGCUACCACUGCCGCCCUCUCCUUUGGGCGCCACUCAAGCCGGAGUUGUGGGCGCGUCGCUAUGGCGAAGAGCAAGUUCGAAUACGUGCGGGAUUUCGAAGCCAACGACACGUGUUUGCCCAACUGCUGGGUCGUGGUCCGGUUGGACGGGCGCGGCUUCCACCGCUUUGCUGAACAGCAUGAUUUUAAGAAGCCUAAUGAUGAUCGUGCCCUUCAACUGAUGAAUAAGUGUGCCCAGACAGUGAUGCAAGAACUGGAAGAUAUUGUCAUUGCUUAUGGACAAAGUGACGAAUUCAGCUUUGUUUUCAAAAAGAAGAGCAAUUGGUUUAAAAGAAGAGCAAGUAAGUUCAUGACUCAUGUGGCCUCCCAGUUUGCCUCGAGCUACGUUUUCUAUUGGAAAGAUUACUUUAAGGACCAGCCUCUUUUGUAUCCACCAGGAUUUGAUGGGCGUGUUGUUCUGUAUCCUAGUGACCAGAAUCUGAAGGACUAUCUCAGUUGGCGGCAAGCUGAUUGCCAUAUAAAUAAUCUGUACAAUACAGUAUUUUGGAGUCUUGUUCAGAGAAGUGGUUUGACACCUGUAGAGGCCCAAAAAAGAUUACAGGGAACACUUGCAGGUGACAAGAAUGAGAUUCUAUUUUCACAAUUCAACAUUAAUUACAACAACGAACCCUUGAUAUAUCGGAAAGGAACUGUUCUGGUGUGGCAGAAGGUGAAUCACGUCAUUAGGAAAAAAAUAAAAAUUCCAAAGGAGUCAGAAGAGAAGGAAAUUGAAGUGACCCGAACAAGGACUACAUCAAUUCCUUUGCACUGUGACAUCAUUGGGGACCACUUUUGGGACCAGCAUCCUGAAAUCCUAUUGGAAGAUAGUUGACCUUCUCCAUGGAUUCUAGUGGGAAACACUCUGUGCGGGUUUACAUUGCAAAGACAGCUGAGAGAUCAAAAAAUGAUUGGCUCAGCAUAGAUGUGCUUAAGUGCUUGCAGCUGGGUAGAGAAAAAAGAAGUCAAGCCAUCUUGGGUCCAUAAAUAUUAACAGAAUAUUGUAAUGUAUGGGUUUUACCAUUACAGUGAUGAGGUGCCUUGUAAUAAUAUCAUCAACAAAUUUUAUGGCAGAAAAAAAUGCCUUUAAUUUAAGUCCUGGCCCUCAAAGGCACUCUACUGGUGCAAGUCCCAUGAGAUAUUAAGCUGCCCAUUUAAAACUCUAAAAACAUUUAAGCUCCUGCUUCAAAUUAAGUUCAAUCAUCAGGGAGCCGAGUUAACAAAUUAUCCUAGUUGCUAAUGUCUCUGGAUUAUAUGAGUGAUAAACAAAAUACCCUGGCAAGGAACUGAAACUAAUUAGGAAGUUUUCUCUCAAGUGUAAAUUAGUUCUGGCCUUUUUGAAAGUAUGGAAACAUAAUUUCCCUCUGUAAUCGUACAUUUAUUGUUUGGACUCUCGCCUUGCUGUUUUACUGAUUAUUAGAGAAGGUCUCAAGUGGCCAGACUGGAAUAAUAAAGUUAUUGUAUAAAGGAGAUAUCACAGCAGGGUAUGUUUGUAGGUCAUGGUCUCAUUUUACUACUUCCUGGGAAACUAUCCAAAUCCUGCUGUUGUGAGGACUGUGGCAACUAUUGUAGAGAAAGUUCUUUCCUUAUGGUGUGGAGUUCAAAAAGAGUUUGUGUUGCUCCUCAGCCUUUUCUUUUGUCAAAGCCACAAAGUAUCAAGACCUUGUUAAAAACAGGAAAUGGAACAACAUGGAUCAAUUGUAAGAUUUUACAAGGACACUUCACCAUACAAAAAGUGGGCUGGAAGAUAAUGUUAAGAGGAAGCUUUUGUGCAGGCUAAUGAUGAUCUCUUGGUCCUCUCUGUUGGUCUUUUCCCUUUGCCUUUCUGUUUAAAUGUGACAAGAUUUGGAGCAAAAGGCAUUAUAGCAUCACUCAUUACAGCCUGUUUGAAAAAGAUAACUAAUAAAGCUACUUACCUUA